AUGUCUCUCACUCGAGUUGCCUCCGUCGAUGGCUUCGAGCGUGAGAGUAGAGGCUCGAAUGUCUCGACACCGAGAAGAAUGAGCUUCAAUCCUGUGAGCGACUGGGUGCCGCCCAAAGACCAUGAUCGAAGAGAGAGUGUCGUCACUGCUGCUCUCCAAUUCGAGGAAGUCUCCAAGCAGAAGCGCAUCCUACAGGUGGUCAUCGCCAUAAUAUAUUGCCUUUUCGCAGCGGGCGUUGUCUUUGGGUAUGCCGCCAUCAAGCCUGUACUAAUCGAUGAAGGCGUCUUUGAAAAUCUAUGCACCAAAGAGGAGACGAGCAAAGGAACAUCACCAUGCCUCCAGCAAGAGAUCCGAUUGAAUCUGAUGUUCACCAUAGCAGCGGUCUCGACCAACGUGGCUGCCUUGCCCAUUGGCACCAUUCUCGACCGAUAUGGCCCCCGAGCUUGCGGCAUCAUUGGUAGCCUGUGCCUUACGAUAGGAGCCCUCCUAUUUUCGUGGGCAUCUAAGGUUGAAGGUGAUCUAUUUACUCCAGGAUACUUCUUCCUCGCCCUAGGCGGUCCUUUUGUUUUCAUAUCCUCCUUCCAGCUGUCCAACACCUUUCCCAAAAAUUCGGGUCUGAUUCUCGCCCUUUUAACCGGAGCAUUCGACUCUUCCUCUGCGUUGUUUCUCCUCUUUCGCAUCUUGUACGAGAAUACUGGCAAGAAACUGAACACCCAUAACCUCUUUCUUGCCUAUCUUGUUGUUCCAAUAUUCAUUUUGGUCGUUCAAAUCUUCAUCAUGCCAAAGGAUUCAUACAAGACUGUGAGCGAAGUAGUGCACGAGGCAGAGGAAGAGAUAAAUGCUCCCACCCCUCCCGAUGCCUCAACUGAGGAGGUGCGCUCGCUCAACGAGCGACGACAAUCCAUCAGCCAAGAAGUCUCUCUAUUGCUCGACAAGAGUACAAACGCAAAACGCCAGAAGCGUGAGGAGAACAAAAAUGCCAAAUCUGGUGUCUGGGGAGCAAUGCAUGGCUACACUGCCCUCGAACAGAUCAAGUCGCCCUGGUUUGUGCUUAUCACUCUCUUUACCGUCGUCCAGAUGACUAGAAUCAAUUACUUCGUGGCGACCAUUCGGCCACAGGAACAGUACCUCCUUGGCUCGCCUGAAAGGGCCAAGACCGUCAACGAUUUCUUUGACGUUGCCUUGCCUCUGGGGGGAGUGCUGAGCAUACCAUUUAUCGGGACGCUCCUGGACAACACGUCGACCCCCUUCGCGCUAGGCUUCCUCGUGGUCACGGCCACGAUCAUCGGGAUUUUAGGCUGCCUGCCCUACAUGUGGGCCGCGAUCGCCAACGUAUGCCUCUUUGUCAUAUACAGGCCAUUCUACUACACCACCGUCUCGGACUACGCGGCCAAAGUGUUUGGGUUCCAGACCUUCGGCAAGGUCUAUGGACUCAUCAUCUGUCUCGCCGGGCUAUUCAAUUUCCUGCAGAGCCCGCUCGACGCUCUGACCCACGUCAAGUUCGAUCUAAACCCGGUGCCCGUCAACGUCAUGCUGAUGAGCAUAGCAGUCGUGGUUGGUGCGUCCCUGGUCACCUUCACGUGGCUCAAGAGCCGCAACAUGAAGCGUGAGCAGCUCGAGGACGAGGCUGAAGCCGCCACGGAGAGUUUGAUGCCCGAAGUCAAUGGUAACGGGUACGGAACAUGA